AUGGCGACCGCGACCCCCGUGCCGCCGCGGACCGGCAGCCGCGCCGGCGGCCCCUCCACGCCGCUGAGCCCCACGCGGCUGUCGCGGCUGCAGGAGAAGGAGGAGCUGCGUGAACUCAACGAUCGGCUGGCAGUGUACAUCGACAAGGUGCGCAGCCUGGAGACGGAGAACAGCGCGCUGCAGCUGCAGGUGACGGAGCGUGAGGAGGUGCGCGGCCGCGAGCUCACCGGCCUCAAGGCGCUCUACGAGACGGAGCUGGCGGACGCGCGACGCGCGCUUGACGACACGGCCCGCGAGCGCGCCAAGCUGCAGAUAGAGCUGGGCAAGUUCAAGGCCGAGCACGACCAGCUGCUCCUCAAUUAUGCUAAAAAAGAAUCUGAUCUUAAUGGAGCUCAGAUUAAGCUUCGAGAAUAUGAAGCAGCACUGAAUUCUAAAGAUGCAGCUCUGGCCACUGCACUUGGUGACAAAAAAAGUUUAGAGGGAGAACUGGAGGAUAUGAAAGAUCAGAUUGCCCAGUUGGAAGCCUCCUUAACUGCUGCCAAAAAGCAGUUAGCUGAUGAAACUUUACUUAAAGUGGAUUUGGAGAAUCGCUGUCAGAGCUUGACUGAAGAUUUGGAGUUUCGUAAAAACAUGUAUGAGGAGGAGAUUAAUGAGACCAGAAGGAAGCACGAAACUCGCUUGGUAGAGGUGGAUUCUGGGCGUCAGAUCGAGUACGAGUACAAGCUGGCUCAGGCCCUUCAUGAGAUGAGAGAGCAACAUGAUGCCCAAGUCAAGCUGUACAAGGAGGAGUUGGAACAGACUUACCAUGCCAAACUCGAGAAUGCUCGGCUGUCAUCAGAGAUGAAUACUUCUACUGUCAACAGUGCCAGGGAAGAACUGAUGGAAAGUCGUAUGAGAAUUGAGAGUCUUUCAUCUCAGCUUUCUAAUCUACAGAAGGAGUCUAGAGCAUGUUUGGAGAGGAUUCAAGAGUUGGAGGACUUGCUUGCUAAAGAAAGAGACAACUCUCGGCGCAUGCUGUCUGACAAAGAGAGAGAGAUGGCAGAAAUAAGGGAUCAGAUGCAGCAACAGCUGAACGAUUAUGAGCAACUUCUUGAUGUAAAGUUAGCCCUGGACAUGGAAAUCAGUGCUUAUAGGAAACUAUUAGAAGGCGAAGAAGAGAGAUUGAAGCUUUCUCCAAGCCCUUCUUCCCGUGUGACAGUAUCACGAGCAUCCUCAAGUCGCAGCGUGCGUACAACUAGAGGAAAACGGAAGAGAGUCGAUGUGGAAGAAUCAGAGGCGAGCAGUAGUGUUAGCAUCUCUCAUUCCGCCUCAGCCACUGGGAAUGUCUGCAUUGAAGAGAUAGAUGUUGAUGGGAAAUUUAUCCGCUUGAAGAACACUUCUGAACAGGAUCAGCCAAUGGGAGGCUGGGAAAUGAUCAGAAAAAUUGGAGACACAUCAGUCACUUACAAAUAUACCUCAAGAUAUGUACUGAAGGCAGGCCAGACUGUUACAAUCUGGGCUGCAAAUGCUGGUGUCACAGCCAGUCCUCCUACCGACCUCAUCUGGAAGAACCAGAACUCCUGGGGCACUGGUGAAGAUGUGAAGGUUAUAUUGAAAAAUUCUCAGGGAGAGGAGGUUGCUCAAAGAAGUACAGUCUUUAAAACAACCAUACCUGAAGAGGAGGAGGAGGAGGAAGCAGCAGCUGAAGUGGUUGUGGAGGAAGAAAUUUUCCACCAGCAGGGAGCCCCGAGAGCAUCCAAUAAAAGCUGUGCAAUUAUGUAAACUUCUCAAGUCAACUGUCUUCCUCAAAAUAAAGAAGUAUGGUAAUCCUUACCUACAUACAGUGCAGAGCCUUCUCAGAAGCACAGAAUAUUUUUAUAUUUCCUUUAUGUGAAUUUUUAAGCUGCGAAUCUGAUGGCCUUAAUUUCUUUUUUUGACACUGAAAGUUUUGUAAAAGAAAGCAUAUCCAUACACUUUGUUGCAAGAUGUGAAUUAUCGACACUGAACUAACUGUACUGUUUGGAAAGUGUCCCUCAAACUUUUUGACAUUUUUUUGUAUUUUUUUUUUUUUUAAGUUCUUAUGAGAAGGGGAGGGGGAGGGUCAAGAAACCACUGUGUGUCCGGGCAUAAUUUGAAGAUUGCUCCAUCUAGAUUAGCAAUCUGCUCUUGAUCAUUCUCUGCUAUAUAUAACGGUGCUGUGAGGGAGGGGGAAGCAUUUUUCAAUAUAUCGAAAUUUUGUACUGAAUUUUUUUUGUAAUAAACAAUCAAGACUA